AUGGAGGCUGACAAUUUGGGUGUCUUCGGCUCCUCGGAGGGGCGGGAGGAGCGGCUCCGCCAGCAUUCCCGUGUUCGGGCUGGGUUGCAGACGAAGUGGUCCGUGACCCCCCGCUGGCCUGCCGCCGCCGCCGUCGAGGCCGCGAGUCGGGGAGCUGCCCUGCCCACUCCCCCGCGCCUUCCUGGAGCAGCGCCGGAGCCGCCGAGCCCCUGUCCCCAGCUCUGCCAGACCCUGCGGUGGCGGCAGCAGCGCACUCGAGAGUGGGUGGCCAGGCACCCUCAGGUGCCCGAGGCCCGGGCGCAGGGCCCCAUCCGGGCCUGGUCGGUGCUGCCAGACGACUUCCUCCCACUGCCUGCGGAGCCUGCCUCGGAGCCGCCGGACGCCCCUCUUCCCUCUCCCUCGCACCUUCCUGCCCUUCCGGAUGAGUCGUCUGCGUCCUGGCUGGGGCCGCCGUCGAGGACCGUCUUUCGCAGCAUCCGUUGCCAGCUGUCUCUCCAGGAUCUGGAUGACUUCGUGGAGCAGGAGAGCCACAGCAGCGAGGAGAGCAGCGGACCCCGGGAGUCCCCUGCGGGCUCUGAAGAUGGGCUGCAGCUUGUCCCUGGAGCCCCAGACUGGGGCAAGCUCAGGAAUCCGACUGGGGGCCUUUCAGCGUCUCCAAAGGAGGGCAGCCCCAGCGCAAACCCUCCUGGCCUCAGGAGUGCAGGAGAUGGUCAGGCCUCUGGGCAGGUCCCCGCAGGGGCCAGCGGCCUUGCAGACCACCCCCAGGAGCCCAAGCUGUGGAGACACCUCCGGCAGAGCUCUCUGAGAGGGAGAGCUGAGUUGUCCUCCUCUGACGAGGAGUACCUCCAUGAGGGCUUCCUCAAAAGGAGUCGGCGCCCACCUCGAUGCAGGAGACCCUCUAAGGCAGGAGUGGUGCCCAGCCCGAGGGUGGAUGCUACUUUGACACCCAGACUUACAGAGGUCAAGGCUAUGGUAGCUGAGCGGGGCUGGCCUCACAGCUCCCGAGCCCCCACAUCCUUGGUCCCUCAUAGACUUUCUGAACACAAGUCAUCCCUGGUACCCCUGGAUGCCAGGGAACACGAGUGGAUUGUGAAACUUGCCAGUGGUUCCUGGAUGCAGGUGUUAACUUUGUUCUGGGAGGACCCCCAGCUGGCGUUGCACAAAGACUUCUUGACUGGGUACACUGCCUUGCACUGGAUAGCCAAACAUGGUGCCCUUGGGGCCCUUCAGGACCUGGUCUCAGGGGCACAGAAGGCAGGGAUCUCUCUUAAUGUAAAUGUGAGGUCCAGUUGUGGGUAUACUCCACUGCACCUGGCAGCCAUUCACGGCCACCAUGCGGUCAUCAAAUUGCUAGUGCAAAGGUUUGAUUCUCAGGUGAAUGUCCGGGACAGCAGUGGGAAGAAGCCAUGGCAGUAUCUGACCAGUAAUACCUCUGGGGAAAUAUGGCAGCUACUGGGAGCCCCUCGGGGCAAACCCAUUUUCCCUGUCUAUCCCUUAGUAAGAAGCUCUUCCCCCACAAGAAAGGCCAAGAGCCGGGAAGUAUCUAGAAAUGUCACCCGAAAGACGUCCCUUGCUGCACGACUUAAAAGCCAGCACACCAAGUGGAAACUGGCCAACCAGUACGAGAAAUUCCCUAGUCCAAGGGGAAGAGAAGAGUACAGUGACUGAGGCGGACCUCUGUCUCCAAGAACGCCACCGUGCCCUCCCUCCUGAGCUCCUCAGCAAGAGAAUACAGGGGGAAUGGAAGCACUGUGGAGAAACUGGGGGAGAGUAAGGGCAGGUGAGACAGCCUGUGAAGCUUUG